AUCGUUCUUAUAAUUAUCAUUCAUUCUAUCUUACGAGUAUCGUUAUUGUUUUUCUCUUAAUAUAAGUUCAAUCCAUUUUUUAAUUAAUGGGGUCGAAGGAUUUCGUUAUUCGAAACUAUGAAGAGAGUCGAUUAUCAGAUAGAGCUCAAGUAGCUGAUCUCGAACAACGAUGCGAAAUUGGGUCAUCAAAACGUGUGUUUCUCUUCACUGACACAUUGGGUGACCCCAUUUGUAGGAUUCGUCACAGUCCCUUAUAUAAAAUGCUGGUGGCAGAGUGGAACAACGAGGUGGUUGGAGUCAUUCAAGGCUCGAUAAAGACAGCGUUUUUUAGUACUCAUAAACCGCCGGGUUUGGCGGCGAAAGUGGGCUACAUUCUUGGGCUGAGAGUUGCGCCGCCGUUUCGCCGCCGUGGGAUUGGGUCCAGCCUUGUCCAUGAUUUGGAAGAUUGGUUUGUAGCUAAUGACGUUGAUUACUGUUGCAUGGCGACAGAGAAAGAUAAUCAUGCCUCUGUUAAUCUCUUCAUUAAUCACAUGAGGUAUGUAAAAUUCAGAACGGGAAGAAUUCUGGUGAACCCAGUAACAAAUUAUCCAUACAAAAUCAACCAAUCAGAAAUCAGAAUUCAAAAGCUGAAAAUAGAAGAAGCAGAAGAAAUUUACAAAAAACACAUGACAUCAACGGAGUUCUUCCCCAAAGACAUAAACAGCAUAUUGAAGAACAAUUUGAGCUUAGGGACAUGGGUAGCACAUUACAAGAAACAGCCGCCACGACAUACGUUCGACAUACGGUCGAGCUGGGCUGUGGUGAGUCUAUGGAACAGUGGGGAAGUUUUUAAGUUAAGACUAGGAAAAGCUCCAUUUCCAUGGGUGGUUUAUACAAAGAGCUUAAAAAUGAUGGAGAAAAUGUUGCCUUGUUUGAAGGUGAUUUUGGUGCCUGAUUAUUUCAAGGCAUUUGGGUUUUAUUUUGUUUAUGGGUUGCAUCAUGAAGGGGCUUGUUCUGAGAGAUUGGUUGGGGUAUUGUGUGAAUUUGUUCAUAAUUUGGCUUUGAGUAAUGCGAAGGAUUGUAAGGCUAUUGUUACAGAGAUUGGUGGGGAAGAUGAUGAGCUGAAGAUGGCUAUUCCUCAUUGGAAAUUGCUAUCAUGUUCGGAAGAUUUGUGGUGUGUAAAGGCCUUGAAGAGUGAGGAGGAUAGUGUCUUGGAAUGGAAAAAUGGCCCACCAAAUAGACCUCUCUUUGUAGACCCAAGAGAGGUAUGAAAGAAUAAAUGAAAAGGGUUAAACCCUUUCGCGACAUGUGCUCUCGAUCUCGAUUUAAUCAUUGCCUCAUGUUAUCAGAGUAGAAUGAAGAAAGAAGAAAAACACGUUCAUCUUUGUUCA